GUUCCAGAUCAUGUCCUGUCCAAGGUGGGCUGGAAGGAAGUCCCAUGCAAUCAGCUCUUGCAAGGGAUGGAUCAUUGGGCAGAAGAACUUGGGAGCCUCCUCUUUUGCUAGGGGGCUUGAAAGAACCCAUUGCUUUCUUGUGGUUCCUUGCACUGCAAGAUUCCAAUGGUGUCUAUUCUGAAGACUCUCGACUGCAGCCACAGCCAUGCCAGAAGAGUCUGGAGAGCUUCCAGGAGGUGGCUGUCUAUUUCUCCAGGGAUGAAUGGGCUCUGCUAGAUCCAGAUCAGAGAUCUCUGUACAGGGAAGUCAUGCUGGAGAAUUAUAGGAACAUGGUCUCUCUGGAUGGACUUGCGUUUCCCAAGCCUUUCCUCAUCUUCUUGUUAGAAGAAAAGAAAGAUCCUUUUCCCCAAGAUGUUGAAGAAGGAGGUGAGGGACAGGAGAAAAAUGAUACGAAAUCACAUGGAGUGUCACUGGAAAGAGGGAAGCCUGGAGAGACCUUUGGAAGACAGGUCUAUAGCAGGAGCCAGGAGAGGAACCAAUCGGAGGUUUGGAGGAAUAAAUCCGCUGGUUACCUGGAAGAUGAAUUCCUGACGCAAGACGAGUAUCAUGCAGGAAGCAAACUAUAUGUUUGUCUUUUCUGUGGAAGAAUGUUUAGCAUUAAGUCAAAAUUGAAUGCACAUCAGAGAAUGCACACAGGUGAGAAACCCUAUGUGUGCUCAGCAUGCGGGAGGUGCUUCAGCCAGAGCUCAAGUCUCACUUCUCACCAAAGAGUGCACAGUGGGGAGAAGCCGUUUCAAUGCCUGGAGUGCGGAAACAGCUUUCGACACAAGUCCAGCGUGGUCUCCCAUCAAAGAAUCCACACAGGAGAACGAAGGUAUAAGUGUGCAGAUUGUGGGAAGACCUUCAUAUGGAGCACAAGCCUCGCUUUGCAUCAGAGAAUCCACAAGGGGGAGAAGCCCUAUUGGUGCGCUGAAUGUGGAAAGACCUUCCACCAGAGCUCCCACCUUGCUGGACAUCAACGAAUCCACACAGGGGAGAAACCAUAUCAGUGCUCAGAGUGUGAGAAGAGCUUCACACUGAAAGCAAACCUCACUAGGCAUCACAGAACCCACCAGCAGAGGAAACUAUAAAGGCGCUCAAACUUCAGUUAGAGCUUUGAGAGUAAGCUGGGCCUGAUGACAUUAUUUUGGGCCAUCUCCCAAUCAAAGAUAGCUUCAGGGGGUAGCCGUGUUGGUUUGCGUUGUACCUCUGCAUCCUGACUCCUUUCCUUGCAACAUCCCUCCUACCUUUAGACUGGGAUAUAAGGACUUAGGGAAUCUCCAUUCCUAUUCCUGUCUCAUGAAGGGAACUAUGAUUCUUGAAAGUUCAUACCCUGAAUGUCUUGUUGCUCUACUGGAGUCCCAAGAAAGAAUCUUAAUUGGCACACUUUUGGGGGGUUUGAACCUAUUAGAUCUGGGUUAAUUUGUAUGUGAAUAAAGCUCUGCUU